AUGUUAUUCCUACUCAUAUUAUACACAACCUUUGCUACCCUCAUCUCAGCUCAAGACUACAACAACUACAACAAUUGGGACGAAAAACCUCAUGGUCCGAAACAUUAUGUGGGUAAACACUAUUACUACGGCCCACUCUACCCUAAACUGCCAUUACUAAAGGCUUAUGAAGCGAGAGCUAUUACUGAUCGUGCUGAAUGGACAAAACGUGAAGUAAAAUCGAAACUGGAGGAAUGGGUACGACAGCAACCAGAGAAAAUUAGGGUAAGGUUGGCUUGAAGUGUCACUCCCUACUCUACCUUAACUAUGAGUAGCUCUGGAGAGUCAAACGCCUAUAUCCUACCCUAACUACUCAAUCUCAUAGUUAGCGUAGAGUACAGGUAAUCGUAUUUUACUGUCCUCUCAAUUCAUAGAGCAGUCGUAUUUUACUGUUCUCUCUGUUCAUAGAGAGAACAGUAAAAUACGACUACUCUACAACCGUAGACAUUGUAAAAUAGGAACCUCCUCCAAAUGCUAACUAAAACCUCAAAAAACAAGCCUUUUAUAGGAGAUCUACAACAAGUUUGACAAAGAAAGCAAAGUGAGAGUGCUCCAAGAGAAGUUGGACCAUGAACAACAUAUUGCCAAUCAAGCUAAUGAAGUCAGAGACAUUGAUCGGCGAAUUCAGGUAAAAAAAUCUCAAAUUUACCUUCCCCCUUGCAAUAAAAAAUUUUUUAAUUAUAAAUCAUCGUUUUAAAUUCAAAAAAAAUUUAAAAAAUCCACCCCCAAAACAAAAAUUUUACCCCGCCCUCUGAAAUUUUUUUAAAAUUUUGAUCCUUUUCCUUAACUUUCAAUAAAAAAUUAAAUCCACCCCCAAAAAGUUUUUUACCCUGCCCCCACCCGCUAAAAACACUAAUAUCACCAGCCCAACUCGGCUUUCGUUAUCAGCUACUGUAAAUUGUGUCACCAUUACCUACAAUACUAUAAACAAGCCUUUUAACAUUCAGGAACACCUAGACAACCUAGACAUAACCUGGUACCAGACCUGUCGCCGCAUCAACGAUGUCAAACGAGACGCAGACCCAAAAGUCCUAAAAGCCCUGGAAAUAGAACGUCGUACUAAAUGUGGCAUUAAUGUAGUUACAGCCGAAACUGAAGAUCAUAAAAACCCAGAAAGUAUGGAAGAUUUUGGCAAGAAACGAAAUGAGGAAGAAGAGGGUUAUCAACAUGGAAUGAACAAUAACAACAAUGAAGAAGAUGACAUUUAUGACAAUGUUGAGGACAACAACGACUACAACAACAAUAACAUGUAUGGAUAG